GCUCCCGUGCCCCGCCCACCCGUCGGAGUCAUGGCAACGCUUUGAAUGGUCGCUCGCGUCCGAUUCUUUUCCGCGCAGUUCCCAAGAGCCCGCAAACGUCUGAACGUGCCAGACCCGUGAAGAAGACGGGCAUCCUCAGAGGCGCGGAUGAAAGAUGGAAGUCCGUCCUGUUUUGACUGAUGAGGAGUCGGAGCGCGACAGCAUCCGUACGGGGGAGUCGAGGGAGUUGGGCGAGGAUGUGCAGCAAGACUUGGCCCCGCUCGCCCUGCCUGAGCUCCGCAAUGUGGUGCAGGAGAUGAGCCAUGCCAAUUCCAUGCUCAAACUGGAGGCAGCCAUGUUUGAGAAAUUUUUCAAUCGAAUGGAGCCAAGGGAUGUGGCCAGCCACUUGAUGCCAGAAAGACGUGGCUCUUCGUUGGAUAUGGGACAAGCAGCAUUUCCACGCAUCAGGCGCAAAUCUAAAUCCCGCAUGCCAGCAGAUCGACUGGUAUGCCUGACCGUGGAGCAGAAGUGCGACUUAGCACAACGAGAGCUAGAGGAGACCAAGGAAGACAUUCAGCGAAUGAAGGCGAACUCAGAACGGAUUUUGCAAAACUAUCUGGCUGUCCUGGAGGAAGCAGACAUUCGCAUGGUUGACAUUAAGAAAGCCAUAGCGGACUUUGAAAAAGACAUAGUCAAGACUAUAACCAAGAAGAAAGGAAGCAUCAUAGCUUCUGAUAAAGUGAUGAGAUAUAUGGAAGAGAAGAUCCGCUCCAGGGAUGUACUGAAGGAGAAGAUCCGUUUGAAAAACGAUUCCUUAAAAGUCCAGAAGAAGAAAAUGCAGCUGCAGCUCAAGCAGAAGGAAGAGCUGGGGGAGGCUCUUCAUGAGGUGGACUUCCAGCAGCUGAAGAUUGAAAAUGCCCAGUUCCUGGAGAAAAUUGAGGAGCGGAACCAGGACCUGCUGCGGCAGAAGAUGACUGUGGGUAGCGUCCUCCAGAUCCUCAACCGCUACAAAAGGAAGCUACAAACUGCAACAGCGACGGCCACCCGACUGGUGAAAGACAUCACUCAGAGAAAGGAGUCUCUGGAAAAAAUUGAGCGAGAAUUCAUCGUUGUUGAGGAGGAGCGGAAGAAGGCAGAGGUCUUAAAUAAAAAAUUUAGGAGACAGCUGGCGUACUACAAAGUGCCUCCCGUCCUGGAUUAUGUCCAUGAGAAGAUAGAAGUCCAUGAGCUGGAAAAUACCAUCAAGAUUUGGGAGAGGAAGGUGGAAAUUGCAGAGAUGGCCUUGCAGAGCUACCGGAGCGUUUGGCAGAAGGCGAAGCUGGCCAGUCAACAGCUGCAGGCUCUCCUCCCAGAACAAGUGGCCCACUGACACUAAGAUGGGCAGCCCACUGACACUAAGAUGGUAGCCUGGCAUUAGAAGAGAGGAAAAGCCACCCACCGUGGCACUGCUUGCAUUUCACUGGCCUUCGUUUUGCCCUCUUCCUGACACAGCACUUGUACCCAAGCCUCACGGGAUUCCUGCCACUGUGAUUCUUUCCUUUUCUGUACUCGUGUGAGGAGUUAUUUUUACAGUUAAUACUUGGCUAUGUUUACACUGGUUUUUCUACUUUGGAGUCAUAUCACACAAAGUGGAUCAAAGGAUGUAAAGUUUAAUAGUUCAAAAGAACUUUCCAGCUAAAGAGACAGAUCAGCACCACACAGCAUUAGCAUUGGCAGUGCAGAUGGGAGAUUUUCUUAGUGCGGAAUCUCCUGUUCAGCCCUAAGCCACCCACCUAAGCAGUUAUUGAGCAUCCCAGAAGAUGAAGGAGGAGGCUUACAGCUAUGAGUCCCUGCGGCUGACCCUUCUUUGCAGUGGAAAUGGGGAGCAGCUCCCCAUUGUAAUAAUCAUAGUAGAUUGGCUCAGACCUGCCCUGUGACUUAGCUGAACCAUUUAAAAAUAAUUCUGUGCUCCCCUGUUGUAACUCUGCAUCAGCACUGAGAGGAAGAUCUUCUGAAGCGUCUGAGAAGUUAAGGACUCUGCUGGCUAGAAUGGGUUCUGGUGCCCCUCUGGGCUCCUCUGUUAGAGUCCAGAUGGCUAAAUGUCUGCUGCCUAGGGAGGGAGAGAUGGGCGCUCUUCCUUUUGCCGUGGUGAUCACAAUCCAGUCGCUGUAAUAGGACAGCCUGGUGUAGAGAAACGGCCCAUAGCAUCUGGCGCCCCCUUCAGUCAGCACUCCUUUCAGCACCCAGUGGCCUGUUUCCUUUGCUUGGCACAUGAUAGGGUUGCCGGGGUCCCCCUUGAAGAGAGAAAAGGCAAGCAAUCAAACACUCCCAGGAGUCUUCCUUGGCAAGCAGAUCAUUUAACAUUCACAUGUGGAUUAGUGAGAUUCC